UUUGAUGAUUACAAAACACAUUUGAAUGACUAAUUGGUUUAUUUAAGUGUGUAGUUAAGUUGCUAAAAGAUUGCAAGUAAACUUGGAUGGCACUAAAAAUAGACCAAAAGGAUUCAAUGUGCAGAGAGCCGGCUCUUGUAAAGUGCAGCCGGCUGUGGUGAAAUGGAAGUGCAGAGAGCCGGCUCUAGAAGCUGCAGCCGGCUCUACGGGCAAAAGUUUGAAGACCGUUGUUUGGCACGCGCGGAGAAAAGACGCAAAGCCGGCUCUGGAUUUGCAACCGGCUGGGUGAGAUUUGAGAGAAACCCUUCUUCUUGUAAAGGAUUGAGUGGCUCCUUUAAGCCACCAUUGUUUUUGCUAGUGGAGAGUGUGGAGGAAAUCCUUGAGCCUCCGAACAUCAGGAACUGGUUUUCAAGUUACAAGCAUGAAUCCUUUGUAUUGGAUACUUACCAUGAUUUUGGAAACUAUGUUUCAAGAGAUAGUGAAAGCAACAAAGAUGGGUUUGUUAGUGGAGAGAAUAAGAGUGAAAAAGAAGAGAACUUGAUUGAAUCUGUAGAAAAGAGAAACGGUUAUGAUUCCUGUGAAGAUGGUUCUUUUUAAGGUAAAGAAUGUCUGAAUCAGAGUCUCAGUGAGAUACCAAAUUCUUUAGAGUCAGCCUCACUUUUUUUUUGUAUAUAUAUAUACAUUUUUCAAAGUUUAGCUACUGUUUAUUUGCUUGAAAGGAUAUAGGAAAAUAAUUGAAUAGCUGGAAU